UUACAUCUCGGGCACCCAGAAAAAAGCGAGAACUUUGUAGAAAUUAAUAAAAUUUUCAAUAAAAAAUCAUAGAAAACCUGGAAUUUUCCUAAACAAUGACUGGCUAUGAAACCUACGGAACACCAAAUAAACCAGAGAGCAACUGUCGGACGUGCAAUGACUUUAAAUUUUGGUCCAAACAGCAGCGGCAAAUAUUUCACAAGGCUGGCGAUCCCAAAGAUGCAGCUAAGGCAGGUGAUGCGAAUGGAGAUGGUAAUGGUGGUAACACAAUGAGAGAAGAUUGUCCUUUGGACAAAUCACAAUUGGGGAAAUCAACUUGGGGUCUAUUGCAUACAAUGGCAGCAUUUUAUUCCAACAAUCCAACGGAUAACCAGAAAACAGAUAUGAAAACAUUUUUCGAUGUCUUUUCACGUCUUUAUCCCUGUGAAUAUUGUGCUAAAGAUUUUCGCAAAGAUUUGAAGCAAAAUCCCAUAAAUGUGGAUUCUCAAAAUGAGUUCUCCCAAUGGCUGUGCCAGUUUCACAAUCGUGUUAAUGCCAAAUUGGGUAAACCAAUAUUUGACUGUUCCAAAGUCAAUGAAAGAUGGCGUGACGGAUGGCUAGAUGGUUCCUGUGAUUAAUAUUGUAUGGUUGAGGUUUAACAUUGUGGCUGUUUCUCAUCAUUUUUUGCAUGAUUGGAAUCUAAUUGUUGUUUUAAUUGUAGAAGUAUUUUGUAUAUAUCUAAUAAGAAAUAAUGACCCUCCCUGCCCUUACAAAAAUAGCAAGAGUUGUUAGGCUAUUUAAAGAUUUCGAAACUAUUCAUAUCUGUAUAUUAAUUUAUCCACUAUUUAAAUUUAAUCUAUUACAUAUUCCAUCAUUAUCAUCAUUGGUUAAAAUCAAAUAUUGGUUUAUAAAUUUCUUUAAUGAUAAUAAAUAUUAUUCCGUUUUCUUGCUAAAAAAAAAAAUAUAUAUUUGUAUUGUGCCUUUUUGUAAAACUCUGUAUAUUUGUGAAAUAUAAAUUGUUUAUAAAUAAA